AUGGCGCUCUACAGCAAUCCUGACCACGUGGCGAUUCAGGCGAAGCUGCCGGAGUUCGAUGCCCAGAGGUUUGUCGACCGUCCGAGGCGCCAGAGUCCCAAGACCACCGAGACCCCCGGGGUGGAUGAGACGGCCGGCGAGGAGGCCGCAAGCGAUCUGGCGCAGACUGGUGGUCCGGGCGCCGCAAGCGGCGAGCCGCAGUCCAGCAGUAGGGCUGCUGCGGGCAGCAGCCACCGCAUCGGAGGAGGAGGCACCGCCGGUAGCGGGGUGGCGACGGUGCCUGAGGACCGGGGAAAGCGCCCCCGGCUCUUUAUUCCUGUGCCAGGGUCCCCGUCAUCGCCGUUGGCACGCGAGGGGGGAAGCCGGGACGGCCAGUCGUCCAGCGCGGGGCCGUCAGUGGGGGUGGCAUCUGCGGUUCUGGAACAGCACUUUGGUCUGCUUGGGCCCGAUUCGGCGCCCGGAGACCACGCGGCGGCACCACAGAACCCCAGGUGGAAGAGAAGGAGGGAGGACUUCGGGCCAACGCCAUCGAGCCCGGAGUUCAGGAUUCUGGCAGCAAGGUGGCAGUACCGAAGACCCACAACCACGCCGCCUACGGGCGUCGCCGAGAGCCAGGGGCGGCCGGAGGCGCCGAGGUCGGCGCCAGCCCUCGAGCCAAGCGCGCCCGAGCCGAGUGCACCGGCGGAGCCAGGGCUGGAGAGCGCGGUGGCAGAGCCAAGGCUAGCGGGGGCGGCGGAGCCAGGGCCGGCGGACGCGGCGACCGAGACAGAAACGCAGUCGCCGCCCGAGUGUUCGGCGCCGUCCGAGCCCGCCCUGAGCGCGCCAAGGUGGUUCAUGGUUCAUUGA